CUCUCUACAGUGUAUGGCUUUACCGCUUCGAAAGCGACCUGGGUACGCAUACAAACAGAAAAAGCAACCUGCUGAUCUAGCUAACUGCAACCAGGUGUGGACUAUGUGUGACUUCUGUUUGGAUGUUUUUUGAACUGAGCUGCCCCUUGCCCUAGCUCUUAUUUUACCUCAGCGGAAGAGGAGACAACCUGGUCUCCAACUCCACUCUGCUCUUCUACUGGGAGUUUAGACCUUGACUGGAGCACACUGACUGUCUGGGGACAUCAUGGCCAGUCCGCACCUGGCUAACUUGGCUUUCGCCUGGGAGAAGUACAUGGACUGUCGACUUGGAGGAGCAGAGCUUCAGGUCAGUCUGCAGUGCCUGGAGAGUUUCCUGUGUCUGUUCUACAGUGUCCGUCAUCUUCACAACCACCAUGGUAACAAGGAUUCUCUGAAGUUCUGUGUUGAUAUGAGUGGUGCCAGCAACACGCUGGCCCGGGAGUUCCUGACCGAUGUCCACCAGCUCUGCAGCGCUGUGGCCCAGAGGGCGGAGUCCCGGGGGGAGGAGGAUGAGGAGGAGAGUCACAUGGUGGCCCUGGGCGAAUAUCUGGUCAGGGGGAGGGGCUUCCUGCUUCUCAGCGCCCUGGACUCAAUUAUCGACCAGGAGCUGACUUGCAGAGAGGAGCUACUAACGCUACUCCUUUCCCUUUUGCCGCUGGUCUGGAAAAUACCUGUCCAGGAGGAGAAAGCUCCAGGUUUUACUCUGUCGUCACUGCUGGAUGUGUUCUUGAGCCGGGAGGUGAAGGUCGUUCCUCUGAGGGUGGGGCAACAUAAAAAACCCGGCCCUGAUUCUCUGCGCUCUGGGAGGCGCUCUCAUGGGGGAGGCAGUAGCUCUGGUUGGAAGGCCCAGCGGAGCUCACGGCGGACCACUCAGCGCUACUCAAUAAGGGAUGCCCACCGCUCCCAACUGUCCACCACUGACACCGACGACACCGCCCACGAGAAGACCUCCCCCGCCGGGGCUGGUGGUUCCCGAGGCCGGCGUUCUCAUGGUUCCACCAUCCGUGUGAGCUGCCAGUAUCACCGCUCAGAGGCUCCCUCGCUGCCCUCGCCCCCCCUCCCGCCCCCGGAAAUGACCAUGGCCUCCCCUUUCCCAACCUACCCACAACCCCGCUGUCUGGGGGGUUCCCAUACUGCCAUGGACGCAGAGACCCUCACCGACCCAGCCGCUAUGUCCAUAUUCAACCGCAUGGAAAACUCACCCUUUGACCUUUGCCACGUCCUACUUUCGCUCCUGGAGAAGGUGUGUAAGUUUGACAUGAGCAUCAACCACGCCCCGGGUCUGGCGGUCAGCGUGGUGCCAACCUUAACUGAGAUUCUCACCGAUUUUGGAGACUGCUGCGGUCCGGGUGGAGGAGGGGUGGAGGAACUGGCUGGAGGCUGGACGGAGGAACCCAUUGCUCUAGUCCAGAGAAUGCUGCUGAGGACCAUCCUCCACCUGAUGUCUAUAGACGUGGACCCGAGUGAGGCUCUACCCGACAAUCUGAGGCGCAGUCUGACUGACCUGCUGAGAGCCACGCUGAAGAUCCGCACCUGCCUGGAGAGACAGGCCGACCCUUUCGCCCCGCGAACCAAGAAGACCCUUCAGGAGGUACAGGAUGACUUCUCGUUCUCCCGCUGGAGACACCGUGCCCUGCUGUUACCUGAGCUGUUGGAGGGCGUGUUACAGGUGCUGCUGGGGUGUCUCCAGGCCUCCACCCCGAACCCCUUCUUCUUCAGCCAGGCUCUGGAGCUCCUACAUGAGUUCAUCCAGCAUCGUGGCCUGGAGCUUCUUGAAUCCACGGUGCUCCGUCUGGAGGUUCUUGGCCGUGCCCGGGACUCUGAGAUGGGGGGAGAGGCUGCGGACCGACUCCGAGGCCUGAUCGCUGGGGUCCUGAAGAUCAUCAGCGCUGUGAAGAAAGCCAAGUCGGAGCAGCUGCACCAGUCAGUGUGUGCCCGGCGCCGCCACCGCCGCUGUGAGUACUCCCAGUUCCUGCAUCACCACCGCGAUCUCUCCGGGCUCCCAGUCUCCGCCUUCAAACAAGCGGCCCACCGAAACCCAUUCGAGGAGACGGAGUCUGACACCAAGGAGGAAGGGUUCGACGUGGUUCGCUAUCCAGAGCGGUGCUGUUGCCUGGCAGCCUGUUCUCACCAGUGUCUCCGUCUGCUCCAGCGCCUCUCCCCCAGUGGCCCGGCGGCCCUCCAGGUCCUGGCCGGAGUUCAGGCUGUGGGCAUCUGCUGCUGCAUGGACCCCCGCUCUGUGGUGGGCCCCCUGCUCCAUGCCUUCCAAGCCCCGGGGCUCCGCUCCUACCAGGCCCACGUCCUCUCUGUGCUCUCCCGGCUGAUCCUAGAUCAGUUAGGAGGCGGCCAGCCCUCUGAAAGGGCCAAGCUGGCCUCCUGUAACAUCUGUACUCUGGACAGCAGCCAGCUGCCAGGCCUGGAGGAGACCCUCCAGCAGGGGGAGGUUGUGGUGUCGUCCCCCAGUUUGAGCUACCGUUCUCAGGGUAUCCUCCCCAGCGGUGGUGGGGCGGAGGACAUGCUCUGGAAGUGGGAUGCCCUGGAGGCCUACCAGGGGCUGGUGUUUGGGGAGGACCGGGCGCUCAGCCAGCAGCUGGCGGGACAUGUGUGUCACCUGACGCUGAGAGGGAAUGCUGUCGUCCAAUGGCAGCUCUACACGCACAUCUUCAACCCAGUGCUGCAGAGGGGGGUGGAGCUAGCACACCACGCCCAGCAGCUGGGCGUGUCCACUGUGUGUAGCCAGGUGUGCUCUCAGCACUCCCUGUGUCUGCCUGUAGAGAUCCUGCUGGUCUACCUGCACACCCUGCCCACCCUGCUCCAGUCCAGGGUGAUACGAGACCUUUUCCUGUCCUGCAAUGGUCUGAACCAGGUAACGGAGCUCAUCUACCUAGACCAGACCCGUUCCUGGGCCCUCAAGGUCUUUGAGACUUUAAUACUAGGUGUUGGAGCAGAGGAUUUAGACCAGGAGCAGCACAUAGAGACCCAGGGGAGUGAGGCCAUCCCAGGCCUGACUGAGGAGCUGGGAUCCCGGGGGGCUGGAGGAGAUGGAGUUCCACAGACCCUCUCAAAGUUUUAUGAGGGUUUAAAAGAGGUGUGUCCUAGGAGAAGGAGUGAUCCGGGGGCAGUGUCAGUAAGUGGGCGGAGCCGAGGGGACCUGAACGCCAUCAACCUCUUCCUGUGCGUGGCGUUUCUCUGCGUAUCCAAGGAGGCCGACUCAGACCGUGACUCGGCCAACGACUCGGAGGAUACGUCCGGGUACGACAGUACGGCUUCAGAGCCUCUGACUGGUCGACUGCCCUGCCUGUCACCUGACAGUGUGGCAUUGCCUUCCAAGGAACAGGUGCAGCGCGCAGCGGAUGUGUGGUUGGUCUGCCGGUGGAUCUACCUGGCCAGUCCCGUGUUCCGGAGGCAGUUCUAUCGGCUGGGCGGGCUGGACGUCUGUUCCCGCCUCAUGGCCCUGGUCAUCCAGAAACUCACCUCCAAGACCAAGGAAGGGAAAGCCAAGAAGAAGAGGGAGGGGAAGUGCAAGGCUUGCCCUUCUCACCCUGACACCCUGACCUCCAGCUCAGACACAGGGCCAACCUGUCUUCCAGCCCCAGUGGAGCCUGGCUCUACCCCCCUGGGAGUGGAGCAUCUGGGGCAGGACCCAGGCCAGGGUGAGGCAAAGGGGGCCCAGAAGGAUCCGUCCAGCAGGCUGGAGGAAGACUGGCCCCUACAGAGCAUCAGGCUGCUAGAAGCCUUGCUAACGAUCUGCCUGCACAGUGCUAGCUCUGCUCAGCAGAGGAUCCAACCGGAGCUGUCCUGUCAGCUCCAGUCAGUGGAAGAGACCCUGGUAGAGGUCAGGGAUCAGCUGUCCCGUUCAGGGGUUGUGAACUCUGACUUGGCCAUGCCACUAUUUGACUCGCUACUCCGUGUGGCCCUGGCUGAGGUCUGCUCCAGCCCUGAGCCCCUGGAGGACAAACCUGAUAGGAAGGCUGCAGUGUGUGUGGACAGCGUGGUCCCAGUGGGGGAUCUUUCCGAGCCUGAGGAAGGAGCUGAGGUGCAGGGCUGUGGGGAGGCGCAGGGGGAGGAGGGAUACGAGGCAGACAGCGAGAGCAACCCAGAGGACAUGGCCAAGCAGGAAGAAGGUGUAAAGGCGGAAUCUGUAGGUGGAGCGGGGGCAGGGCUUGGAGGUGCUGUGACAUUUGAGGGGGCAUUGCCAGGUGGGGGGGGGCGGGGCCUUCUGCUCUUCCCAGAGAUUUGUUUGAUGGAACUCCAGCUGCUGGCAGUGGGGUCACCUGACCUAGAGGUCCUAGAUCACGUGUUCCACAGCCUCCUCGGCGCCGUGAGGGCCAACACCCGCAAUGCUGCUUUGCUGUACCACCAGGGUGGAGUUAAGACCAUCCUGACUGGCUUCCAGAACAUCCUGACCCAAUCUGAUCCUAGUUAUGAAAAUUGCCAGACAGUAUUGGUACAACUACUGGUUGCGAUGGUGAGCCAGCAAAUCACAGCAGAGGAACUUGCCCUGUUGAUCCGCCUCUUCCUGGAGAAGACCCCACCCACUGACAUCCUACUGAAAGGUGUCCUCCAGAUCGUUCAGGCCAACGUGGAUAUGGAACCUCUCUACUUCCUCUCCUUUCCCAUGGUCCUCAGCGUUGCCUCUUCCCUUGGAGGCUCCUCCCCCAGUUCCCGACAGAACGGGGUGCUGGUGGGGAAGGGGGGCGGGGUGGGGGGUUUGCUGUGGAAAGGGGCUAAGCUGUCACCAGUGGGCAGGGACGUGGUGGGCGGAGAAGCACCCGGACACAUCAGGACCUCUCCAUGGCAUGUGGCUCCACUCCACCUUCCUUUGGUGGGACAGAACUGCUGGCCUCACAUGGCCUCUGGAUUCUCUGCCUCCGUCUGGAUGAAGAUGGCCCUACAGGAUGAUGGGGAGGGGCUUGGAGACAGAGAAGUGGGGACGGCUCCUCCACUCGAGGUCCCCCUGGACCCAGCAGGGCAGAAAGGGGGAGAGGGCCUGGCACACCUUCUGUCCAUGGGCUCCAGGUCUCUGAUGCUACAGGUGUGGACUGACCUCUCCACUGGAUCAUUCACUUUCAGGAUGUGUAUAGACCCUAAUGAUGACAUGAAGGCGGGGCUUCUGGCCCAGGCCCAGUCAGGGGAGGGGUUAGUCAUACCUGGUCGCUGGCAUCACCUGGGCAUCAGUUAUACCCAGCAGCCAGAGGGCAAGAAGAACAUCCACGGCCGAUUGGCCCUUUGGGUUGACGGGGUCAGUAAGUGUGAGGUGUCUCUGGACUACACGUUACCCAGAAAGUCCAGCCUGUCAUCAGACAGCAACAAGACCUUCUGUCUGCUGGGACAUUGUGUAGGGCAUCCUGAGGAGUGUCCACCUGGAGGAAACUACAACAUGGGCACUGUCCUGCUCUUCAAUGGCUCUCGUAUUGGCUCAGAGGAGGCUUUCCACCUGUAUGCCUCUGGUCCUGACCUCACGUCCAUCAUGCCCUGCAAGUACGGCCAGCCCAGUGGGAGCUUCUCAAAACAGGUCACGACUGAGAUGUUGAAGUGUGAAACGGUCAGAGAGCUGCUGAUGAAGGACGAGGGUGUGGAUACAGCUGCUCUCACAGAGAGUCUGGCGGUGGUGUUUACUCCCAGCAACCCCAGAGUCUACACCAUCUACGAGCCAGUGAUUCGCCUGAAGGGUCCCGCUAAGACCACGAUGUCCCAGAAGGGUCCAGCUAAGACCACAGUGUCCCAGAGACCUUUCAGCUCCAGGGAGGUUCAGUCUGCAGUGCUGGAGACUCACGUCCUAAGAACCAUGACCCCUGCAGAACCAAAGGGCCUGCAGAACGUAAUACAUAAUAUAGGAGGAACUGGGGCCUUCGUCUUCCUCUUUGCACGGGCGGUGGAGUUGAGUGUCAAUGAACAGACACAGGCCCUAGCCCUGCAGGUGCUCCUCUUGCUAUCCAAGCACAAUCAGCACCGUAUUAACGAGAUGGACUGUUACCAUGGUUACUCUAUGAUACACCAGGUCCUCAUCAAAUCCAAGUGCAUCGUGGGAUACCACAUUCUCAAGACCCUGCUAGACGGUUGCUGUAGCGGUCCAGUUCUAACUCUAAGGGAAAACGGGCAGUUCCGACUGGACACAGAGUCCACGGCUGUGAUCCAAGACAUCAAACUCCUUUCCGACAUUCUGCUGGACUGGAAGAUCUGGGCCAAGGCUCAGUCUGGCGUGUGGGAGAUGUUACUAGCAGCCCUGGAGGUUCUGAUCCGGGUUCACCACCCCUGGCAGGUGUUCAACAUCAAGCAGUUUCUCAGAGCCCAGGUGGUCCACCGCUUCCUGCUCACCUGUCAGGUCCUACAGGAGCACCGGGACCAGCACCUGACCUCCAUCCCUCAGGAAGUCUGUCUGUCCUUCGUUAAGAUCAUCCAGGAAGUGUUGGGUUCCCCUCCGGACCUAGAUCUCCUCCGAUUGGUCUACAACUUUCUGCUUGCCGUACACCCGCCCACUAACACCUACGUGUGUCAUACCCCUACCAGCUUCUACUUCUCACUGCACAUAGAUGGUAAUUUGUACCAGGAGAAGGUGAAGUCUAUUAUGUAUCAGAUGCAGAGCAGCGGGGGGGGGAGGUCAACUGGCAGCUCUGUGGCGUCUCUGUCCCCUAGUGGAUUCUCCCAGGCUCCACCCCCUGAAGGUGCCCCCCUCCCUGAGCCGACACAGCAGACUGCAGAGGACCAGGCUGUCCGCCCCCCCAGCCAGGGACCCUCCCCCCACUCCUCCCCACAUCUCAGCCACCGUCUGGGGCAUGCUGAGGCUGGAGGCACCAGAGAUGAGCAGGAGAGAGAGGGCGCAACCUUUCCUCCUCACCGCGAACUCGGUAGCACAGAGACCCUGAAGAGAAGCGGAGGAGGAGAAGAGCAGCUCCUAUCGAGCUGCGAGUCAGUGAAAACCAUCUGUGACUCCCGAGAGGGGAGGGAAGCAGCACGCACCCCUUCUGUCAGCAUUGAGGAAGUUGAGGGGGGAGACGUGGAGGGGGAGGAUAGGUGGGAUGUGGAGGGGGAGGAGAGGGGUGACGUAGAGGCGGGGGAGGGGGGUGACGUAGAGGAGGAUUCGGGUGAGGUAGAUAGUCUGACAGAGGGCAGCGUGGGUGGGGCAGAGGGCAGCGUGGGUGGGGCAGAGGGCAGCGUGGGUGGGGCAGAGGGCAGCGUGGGUGGGGCAGAGGGCAGCUUGGGUGGGGCAGAGGGCAGCGUGGGUGGGGCCGAGUCUGACGACAGGUUUGAUUGGGCCACCGAUGAGGCGCCGCGGAGACCAGACAGUCUGAAAGGGAUUGCAUCAUUCCAGAGGAGCACCUCCAACCUGGCCAGCUUGGGUUUGGCCUUCCCUGCCCAGAACGGCUCCCUGGUCCUAGGCCGUUGGCCGAGCGUGGCUGACCGAGCGACACUACCGGAGGACUGGGAAAGCUACACAUACUCUCCAGGUUAUGAAAAGUCCUACAGCAAAGACUCCAACAACGACAGGUGCAGUGGACAGGACUGCCUGGUGUUGAUCUGCUGUGGUCUAUAUGACCUCCUGAGGGGAGUUCUGCUGCUACUGCCUGACCUGAUGCUGGAGGAGGUGAUGGACAAACUGAUCCAACCGGAGGCUCUGAUCGUGCUGGUCAACCAUCCAUCCCCCUUCAUACAGCAGGGGGUUAUGAAGCUCCUGGAUGCCUACUUCAGCCGAGCGUUUAAGGAGCAAAAGGAGAAGUUCCUGAAGAACCAUGGCUUCAGUCUCCUAGCCAAUCAGCUAUACCUUCACCAUGGGAGUCAUGGUCUGGUGGAGGUCUUCCUGGAGAUGUUGUUUGGACGGCCCGUUGGCCUGGAGGAGGAUCUAGACCUGGAGGACAUGGACAGCAUCAGUCCAUUCAGGAAGCGCUGCAUCAUCCCAGUUUUGGGUCUUCUGGAGAACAGCCUCUAUGAGAACAGUCUGGUCCACAAUCUGCUCUGCAUGUUCCUGCAGCUGGUCAACGCCUGUCCCAAACUGGCCGAUGUCCUGCUGGACCACGGCCUCCUCUAUGUCCUCUUCAAUACCCUGUCUACUCUCAACGGCAUGGAACACAGCAUCCCUCUAAAUGACUACAAGCUGUUAGUGGUUGAUAUCCAGCAGCUGUUGGUUGCAGUGACUAUCCACUCCUGUUCUUCUUCUGGCUCCCAGUACUUCAGGAUCAUAGAGGAUCUCAUCACUCUCCUAGGCUUCCUGCAGACCUCCAAGAUGAGACGCACUCAGGAGAUGGCAGUGGCUCUUCAGUUCCGUGUCCUCCAAUCAGCUAUUGAGUUCAUAAAAACAACAGCCAAUCAGGACCCUCAGAAGCUGAGUGGUUCUGUGAAUGUCUCCACCACUCCUCAACAAGCCAUCUAUCAGAAACGCAAGAGCAUUGCAGGUGGUCGUCGGUUCUCCCUCAUCCAGUCUGACAGCCUGCUCAUGAGGAUGCGUUCUGUGGCCAGUGAUGAGCUCAGCCAGAUGAUGCAACGACGGAUGAGUCAGGAGAACCCUAUCAGAGCAUCUGAGACAGAGUUUAUACAACGGCUGCAGAGACUGGUUGUGUUGGCUGUCAACAGGCUCAUCUAUCAUGAAGAAAGGCAAGACUUCUAUGACCUGCUGAACUUCCCCGACUCACCUGACCACCACCUGACCCCUGACCCUGUAGACCACACCCCCGAUGAAAACAGCUCCACUUCCAGCUCCUCAGGCCAAGCCCCCCUCCCCUUCCCCCUCCCCCCAGCCAACAUGAAAAGCUUCCAGAAGGAGAUCCUCAGGCUGAUGAUGGAGGGGAUCAAGAUCAGCCUGGGCAGUUCGGGUCGUAGUGGGGCCCCCAGGCAGCAGUGGAAGAGGAUCCUUUGGUCCUGUCGAGACACCUUCAGGGUUCAGAUUGGCCGCCUGCUGGUCUACACCCUCUCACCUUCACAACCUAUUAGCUACAGGAAGGAGGCCCUGGAUUUUGUGUUUGACCCUGCUCACCCUGACAUCCUCAGGGAAUGCCUCAGCCCAGGUUUAGAGCACGGUCCCAAACUGACCAUGCAUCUGUACGAGAUGCUGCAUGACCACCAGGACGCCCUGACCAAAGAGGAGCAGACUGCUGUGGGUGGAUUCAUGACUUCACUGAAGCUAUGUGGCCACCGCUGCAUCCCACCCAGCGCACCACACAAACCAGACCUCCUCAAAGCUAUCAAAGAGGAACAGUGGAAGUAUGAGGUGGAGGAGAAGACCAGUAAAGUGGCCUGGGAGAAGAAGAUGUCCAACACACAGCAGGGUUUGCUGCAACGUUUGGACGGUAAGUCCAAGGACAUCUCUAAGAUUGCGGCCGACAUCACCCAGAAUGUGUCUCUGCGACAAGGCAUGGAGCGAAAGAAGGUCAUCCAGCACAUCAGGGGCCUGUACAAAACAGACCUGAGUGCUUCUAGACACUGGCAGGAACUAGUGCAACAACUCACACACGAUCGUGCUGUGUGGUACGACCAGGCCUCCUACCCUACCUCCUGGCAGCUUGACCCAACAGAGGGGCCCAACAGGGAGAGGAGACGCCUACAGAGGUGUUACCUUACCAUCCCCAACAAAUACCUACUCAAAGACCGACGCAAGCCAGAAGAUCCAGCAGCACGGGCUCCACUGUCCUUCCUAUUUGAAGAUAAGACCCACUCGUCCUUCUCCUCCACAGUGAAGGACAAGGCCACUAGCGAACCAAUCCGAUUCACCCGACGCUGCUUUAGUGUGGCUCCAUCCAGAGAAACAUCAGGAGAACUGUUGCUGGGGAAGUCUGGGAUGUACUUUGUUGAGGACAACGCGGCUGAUGCCCAUGACAACCAGAGUAUCCACGGGGAGACGGAGGCUGCAUCGUUCUCCUGGACUUACGAGGAGAUCAAAGAGGUCCAUAAGAGGUGGUGGCAGCUCCGAGACAAUGCUGUGGAAAUCUUCCUCACCAAUGGACGAACACUGCUGCUCGCCUUCGAUACAACCAAGUUUCGUGACGAUGUCUACCACAACAUUCUGACCUCUGACCUUCCGAACUUAUUGGAGUAUGGCAACAUCACAGCGUUAACACACCUGUGGGGCUCAGGGCAGAUCAGUAACUUUGAGUACCUGACGCAUCUUAACAAGCAUGCUGGGCGAAGCUUUAAUGACCUGAUGCAGUACCCCGUCUUCCCCUUCAUCCUGAAAGACUAUACAAGUGAAACUCUGGACCUUGGGGACAAUGCCAUCUAUAGAAACCUAAACAAACCCAUUGCAGUCCAGUCUAAGGAGAAGGAGGAUCGGUAUGUGGACAACUACAAGUAUCUAGAGGAGGAGUAUCGUAAGGGGGCGCGGGAUGAUGACCCAAUGCCUCCUGUCCAGCCGUACCACUAUGGAUCUCACUACUCCAAUUCUGGCACGGUGCUACACUUCCUGGUUCGCAUGCCUCCAUUCACCAAGAUGUUCCUGGCCUACCAGGACCAGAGCUUUGAUAUCCCAGACCGGACGUUCCACUCUAUGAAUACAACAUGGCGUCUUUCUUCCUUCGAGAGCAUGACUGACGUCAAGGAGCUCAUCCCAGAGUUCUUCUACCUGCCUGAAUUCCUCGUCAACAGGGAGGGUUUUGACUUUGGUUUGCGUCAGAACAGUGAGCGUGUGAACCACGUCAACCUGCCUCCCUGGGCCCGGAACGACCCACGCCUCUUUAUCCUGAUCCACCGACAGGCCCUGGAGUCAGACCAGAUCUCCCAGAACCUCUGUCACUGGAUAGACCUGGUGUUUGGUAUCAAGCAGAAGGGCAAAGCUGCUGUACAUGCCAUCAAUGUGUUCCACCCUGCUACAUACUUCGGCAUGGACGUGUCUUCAGUGGAAGACCCAGUGCAGAGACGGGCCCUGGAGACCAUGAUCAAGACGUACGGCCAGACGCCCAGGCAGCUGUUCUCUGCCUCCCACAUCAGCCGAGCUGGGACCCGGCUCCUCAUGGAAGGAGAACUACCUGCAGCCAUGGGCCUCCUGGUGCAGCUGGCCUUUAGAGACAACCGGGAACAAGUCAAAGAAAUAGUCUACCCGAGUCCUCUGCCCUGGAUCAAGGGUCUGAAGUGGGGGGAGUAUGUGGGGUCACCCAGCUCUCCUGACCCAGUGGUGUGUUUCAGUCAACCUCACGGGGAGAAAUUUGGGUCUCUGCUGGCUCUGCCCACUAAAGCCAUCUGUGGACUGUCAGGACAGUACUGUUUGAUGAUGAUCUACAGCAAGGAGCAAGGUGUGAGGAGUAUGCACAGUACUGACAUUCAGUGGUCGGCCAUUUUGAGUUGGGGCUACGCUGACAACAUGCUCCGACUCAAGAGCAAACAGAGUGAACCGCCCAUCAACUUCAUUCAGUGCUCUCCUCUACACCAGGUGACAGCGUGUGCUUGGGUAUCUGAUGGAUGUCAGCUGUUUACAGGCAGUAGUUGUGGUGUCAUCACAGCCUACACCAACCGCUUCUCCAGCACCACACCUACAGACAUAGAGGUGGAGUCUCAGGUACACCUGUAUGGACACAGCUCUGAGGUCACCAGUCUCCAAGUGUGUAAACCCUACAGCAUCCUCAUCUCUGUUUCCAAGGAUGGAACAUGUAUCCUCUGGGACCUGAACAGGUUGUGUUACGUCCAGAGUCUGGCAGGACACAAGAACCCAGUGACGGCUGUGUCCGCUAGCGAGACCACAGGGGACAUUGCUACAGUCUGUGACUCUGUUGGCGGUGGUAGCGACCUGCGGUUGUGGACGGUGAACGGUGAUCUGAUUGGCCAUGUCCACUGCCGUGAGAUCAUCUGCUCAGUGGCGUUCUCCAAUCAGCCGGAGGGCGUCUCUGUCAACGUAAUCGCCGGGGGCCUGGAGAACGGAGUGGUCAGGCUGUGGAGUACCUGGGACCUGAAACCAGUGAGAGAGAUCACCUUCCCCAAGUCGAACAAGCCCAUCAUCAGCCUGACAUACUCGAGUGAUGGACACCACCUGUACACAGCCAACAGCGAGGGAACGGUCAUGGCCUGGUGCAGGAGGGACCAGCAGAGGAUGAAACUCCCCAUGUUCUACAGCUUCCUGUCCAGCUAUGCUGCAGGCUGACUGACAGGGCCAUGAAGGACCACUGUACCCAGAGUCCUCUGCUCUUCUGACGCACGGCCUGACCACCCUGAGUAACAGAAGAACUACAACCCCCAAAGUCUUCUGACGCACGGCCUGACCACCCUGAGUAACAGAAGAACUACAACCCCCAAAGUCCUCUGACGCACGGCCCAACCGCCCUGAGGAACAGAAGAACUACAACCCCCAAAGUCCUCUGACGCACGGCCGACCGCCCUGAGGAACAGAAGAAGUACAACCCCCAAAGUCCUCUGACGCACGGCCCGACCGCCCUGAGGAACAGAAGAACUACAACCCCCAAAGUCCUCUGACGCACGGCCCGACCGCCCUGAGGAACAGAAGAACUACAAUACCCAAAGUUUUCUUACACAUUGGCCCUGGUCUACCCUGAGAGACUGCAUGACAAACAUAAUUACAGUACCCAUAGGUCCUCUGCUCUUAGGGUGACCGCCAGGCAUGUUGAGGGUCAGAACCACAGUACACUGAUGUUCUCACUACACCAGCCUUAACCUCUUCAUGAGGAGAUGGACAUGUCCGCAUGCUGCAGAUGACCAAUCAAACCCUUAAGCUUGACCACUAUUCCUUAAGACCCUAAAGACACACCUCCCACUAUCUACAGCCAUUUCUGUGCAAGCAGACUGUAGCAAAGCAAUUGUAAACAUGAAGCUCUAAUAAAUAUUAAUUAUAGAUAUUAUAAUCUGUGUAUAUAGGUCUAGAUAUCCUGAGAUGAAAGUGGCUGAGGUUACUGUAUUUAAAACAUGUUCCUGUGUUGGGACCAUGUCCUGUGCUGUGACUAUAGGAUGGUCUGUUUUGCUUUUUGAUUGUAUUGUUGUCGUGGUGUUUUAUGUUACUUCCUCUGAUAUGUUUUGCUGAUAGUUAAAACUGUCCUGGUAAGCUGCUAUGUCACGUCUGACCAAUCCAGAGUCAGACCAGAGGGUUUUGGACCCAGACUCUGCUAGUUUCUGACCAAUUCAGAGCAGAGGGUUGACGUGCCGCCCCGUAUUUUCCGUAGCUAGCACUCUGUUUCCUUGGAGACCACGUGUCAUCUGAAGGGUUUCCAUAGAGACCAUUAGCAGGUCCUGCUGAAUGGACAGUCACAGGGACAGACAUGUCUGCCAUCAGGUUGGCUGGAGGUCCUGUUCUCCAGGGCUCCUGGAUUUUGGGGAAGUCCUGUUCUGCCGGGCUCCUGGAUCUUGGGGAGGUCCUGUUCAGCAGGGCUCCUGGUUCUUAGGGAGAUCCUGUUCUGCAGGGCUCCUGGUUCUUAGGGAGAUCCUGUUCUGCAUGGCUCCUGGUUCUUAGGGAGGUCCUGUUUUGCAUGGCUCCUGGUUCUUAGGGAGGUCCUGUUUUGCAUGGCUCCUGGUUCUUAGAUAGGUCCUGUUCAGCGGGGCUCCUGGUUCUUAGGGAGGUCCUGUUUUGCAGGGCUCCUGGUUCUUAGGGAGGUCCUGUUUUGCAUGGCUCCUGGUUCUUAGGGAGGUCCUGUUUUGCAUGGCUCCUGGUUCUUAGGGAGGUCCUGUUCAGUGGAGCUCCUGGUUCUUGGGAUCAAUCUUUGGUGUGUCUGGGUCUGAGGGGUGUGUCUGGGUCUGAGGGGUGUGUCUAACCCAACUUAAUUGUUUCUGCCUUGUUCCUUUACUGUUUCUUGGUUGUGUGUUUGUGUUAUUUUGUUUUCAGUCUUUGUACGUUUUCCUCAGUGCUGCUGUCAUUAUUUAUUGUCAUCAAUGAACGCUACUGUAUUUUUCUUUUUUGCAUUUUUGCCUUCCAAAUGCUUCUCUCCUGAUCUCUUAUCUACUCCUCAUCUCCCCUCUGCUCCUUGCCUCCUAUCUGCUCCUCUUGCAUCUCCUCCAGCUUUACAUUGUUUAAAAUUUGCUGGAAAUCUUGGGUAUAAUUUAAAUAUCCUAAGAGAGGAAGAGAUGAAGCUAAAAUCACAUGCUAAUAUUUGUUGUCAUUCUGGUUCUAAUAUAUGUUGUCAUUCUGGUUCUAAUAGUAAUUCUAGUUCUAAUAUAUGUUGUCAUUCUAGUUCAGAGAACCUUGGAAGGAGAACACCAUACAUGUCACAGUCAGUUCAUUCUCUAUCUGGUGUUUUUCUGAGGUAUUUCUGUUCUGACAGUAUGGAUUCUCUCCUCUCCAGGUGUGUCUGUGAGGAUCAUAGAACACUGCGGGGAUGAUGUUAUCUCAACACAGCUUUUAAUUCAUCUUCUCUCACGCUAUUAUAAAAAAACAUGAAUUGAAUUAGUGUUUAUCUCCAUUUCCACACAGAGACGAGAGAUAUAAAAACAUUUGCACACUAAGAUGAGGAAGUCAAAGCACUUUUAUAUGCCUGAUUGGUUCCCUAGCUAGCCAGUCAUGUGCAGUUAAAGCACCAAAGAGGUCAGAGAUCAACGGUGGUUCUGCACAGAGAUGAGGGGCUGUAAUGGUAAUUCAAUCUCUUCUGGUCUUAAAAAUAUAGUUACCAUUACUAUGUAAUAAGAAUGAUAUCUAAAUAGCAGAUAAAAACAAGGUGACUCCCAGGUGUCCAUGUUGUCUUUGAUUUACUGAUAUACUGACAACAGUCUUUUGAAAGUCUUAGAAAAAAGUCUUAUUACUUCAACAUAGUUGGAAUGUAUUUGUUUACAAGAAAGGGAAAGAAGUUUCUAAUUGUUUCCUGGCUACCUUCAUUCCUUUUGUUUUCAAUAUUGUUUCCAGCAUCACUGAUAGGACUUCCAAAGGGCAUCCUAAUCCUUCAAUAGUGCACUAUCUUUAGACCUGGGCCCAUAGAGAAGUAGUGUGCUAUGAAGUGUAUAGGGUGCCAUUUGGGACGCAUUGGUUGUAAAGCAGCCUGACAUGCUCUGUGAAGUUACACAGACCUGGGAGAUGUAACCAAUUGAGAGGUUGCAAUGGUUUUUCCAAUGAUACCUUGCCACCUGCAUCCGUCCCAUUCUCUAGUGGUCUGAUGAUUGUUGUCUGUGAUGUUGCUACUUCCAGAAGUUGAACCUUGAGCAACAUUAUGAGGUCAUUAUUAUUAACAUUGUAUGAAUCAUUAAUUUGGAUGAAAUUGAAAUGUAAUCAAUAGGACUUACGCUUGUGUCUGAGAAUGAAAGACAUUCUGUUGUUGAGAUUUUGAUUAGGCUACCUGUUUUAUUCUUGUUAUUCGAGCUGUUCAUUUCUCUCACAUGAAUGUAUCUCGCUUCAGUCUCCAAUGGCACCCUUUUCCCUUCAUAGUGCACUGCUGUGUACCAGAGCCUUUGGACCCUGGUCAGGAGCACUCUAGUAUAAAUAUGAUGCAGUUUGGGAUGCACGCUCUGACAGUCCUGCACCAGCCUGUAAGUCUGGAUGAUGGAACAUGUUGUAGGUUUUUUGUACCAAUGUAUUAUGUACAAACCAAAUGAUCAGUAUACAGUAUAUAAAUAUAUAUAUAAAUAUUUAAGGUAUGUA